AUGAUCUUAAGCAGCUCUGUAAAAAUGGUACAUACGCAGCAGCAUCCUCCUGGUCAUACCACUCAGCCGCUCGCUGGAAGCUUUCACAUGCCUUCGCGAUAUCUGGCCAAUCUCCUUCUCUCUGUCUGCUGCCUGGCGGAACCUGCCCGCCUCGGUCCUGCCUCCUCCCACUUGGUCGAUGAAAAAGAAAACCAUCCAGUCGAUGAAUUUGACUUCUUAUCCGCUUUCUCGAGAAAAAUUUCUGCUGGUGAUUUGGGCAUGGUGGUUGUGGAGAGUCAGGACACUCUGAGUCUGAUUCAUCGGAAGGCGCAUUUGGGGUUGGGCAACGCCCGCAAGUGUGAUGAUGAAACCGAUUUGCAUGAUCUUUACCGCCCAGUACUAUCUUACAGCGGGGAUUGCGGAAAACCGUCUCUACCACCCAAACGGCUACUUAGGCCAUCGGCCCCUUCACACCCUGUACAUGACUUUCGCGGUGUCAAGGAAGGUUGGCUUGGGGGAAUUACUGCUACGAGGACGCGAGUCUUCCUCGGUCUGCAUCGUACUUUUGAUGUUGUCGGCGGGAGCAUUAGAAAGUUGAAAAUUCCGCCUUCGCAAUGCGCACGCGCCAGACAACGCAGAUUCCCACGUCUUUCCCAAAUCCAACACAACCAAUACAUUUCUCAAGCUGCGGUGUACUACAGUCCACUACCAAGAGAACCGACACUUAGAUGUAGGUCCUGCCUGGUGCUGUAUAUACCAAUUGCACGCGGAGGUCCCGGGAUCGAAUACAUUGGCAGCACCUUUAUCAACUAUCACCGCAUGGGCGUCAUGGCCAGGCAGUGGAAUAAUAUAUCACACGUCGAACGAUGA